CUGGGGUUUGUAUCAACUAGCAGAGAACUUAACUUCCUGUUCUAAAUGCAGCAUAUGUAUAUUUAUAUGUGCAAUAGCACAGACACUGGGUGACUCUGAGAGCUGGAGGCUGUGAGGACUGUCGUCUGCAGUUAAAACAGGAAUAAUUCUCAUUAAAACUCAUUAAAACUGAAAUCUGCUCAUUUUUCCACUUGUUCUGAAAUGUUGCGGAAGAGAACAGAACCAGAGAUGGAUGAAGAUAUAUAUGCAAACACUGGAAAUGUUUUAGAGCUCAAAUCUACUGCUUCUGACGACAGCAAGGAUUCAUAUGAAGAGAUCUACAUGAAUGAAGACGUCCCAAAGAGUCGAACGACCAGGAGCCAUGAGGGAACCAUUACCACAGGAAAGGGUUCUACAGGAAACAGAUGCUACAGACUGGCUGCAGUGGGUCUGGGUCUGCUGUGUGUUCUCCUGCUGACUGCCAUCACAGUGCUGUGGAUCCAGUUCAACCACCUGUCUGCAGAGAGAGACCAGUUACAGACCAGUUACACCAACCUGACUGCAGAGAGAGACCAGCUACAAUCCAGUAACACCAACCGCACUGCAGAAAGAGACCAGUUACAGUCCAGUAACACCAAGCUGACUGCAGAGAGAGACCAGUUACAGACCAGGAAUACCCAGCUGACUGCAGAGAAAAACCAGUUACAGACCAGUAACACCCAGCUGACUGCAGAGAAAAACCAGUUACAGACCAGUAACACCCAGCAGACGGCAGAGAAAAACCAGUUACAGACAGAAAAAGAAGAACUCCAGAAGGCUUUUUCAGGACUGAUGAGGCUCUGUAAACCACAAUGGAAGUACUUUAAAUCCAGUAUUUACUACAUCUCCACUGAGAAGAAGAGCUGGAGCGAUAGCAGCACAGACUGCAAAAAUAAACAAGCAGACCUGCUGAUCAUCAACAGCAGAGAGGAACAGGAAUUCAUCAAAGCAAACUUUGGCAGCAUUGAAGCUUGGAUUGGUCUGACUGAUGAAGUAAAAGAGGGGGUCUGGAAAUGGGUGGACGGUUCAGCUCUGACCACUGAGUUCUGGGCUCAAGGAGAACCCAAUAAUUAUGAAAAUGAUGACUGCGCUAUAACCAGCUUUCAGAAAGCUAAAUCUGAUAUAUUAACCUGGGCUGAUUAUCCCUGUUAUCACCCUGUUGUCGCGAUCUGUGAGAAAGUCCUUAAUUGAAGGUGAACGUCAGAAUGUUCUAAGACAUUCAUUUACACGUAUUAAAUAAUCUGAAUUAUUGUGUUUUUUGCACUAUAAGGCGCACUGGAUCCUUAGGCGUAUUAUGCAACACUUGUAAGGAACAGGGGUGUCACCAUGUUUUUCUUCUAAUUCACCUCUAAAGCUAAGCUAAGCUAAGUAAACAAAACCAUUUUACAUUGUAACGGCUCACCCAGAAAGGGAAUCGAACCCAGGUCUUUUAAUUCACAAUCCAACCUAACUGGGUGAGCUACCUAGUGAAGGUAGUUAAUAGGACCCAAGAGCAGAGUAAACAAGACUGCAAGCAGAUUGUGUUGGACUAAAUAAAAACUGUGGUUUGGUUGUCAGACGAGCGCUCAACCACUCGUCUAGCAAAUCCAGAAAAGAUGUAGAAAACUAAGGAAAAGCAAACACCUCAUGUGGGGAUUUUGGCGGGAAAAAGAGAACAAAGGAUGCCAGGAGGAAGCUGGCUUUCCUAGGAGUAGGGAAAAAUAAUUAAACAAAACAAAAUGGCUCCUCCAACAGAAUAAGUAAACUGAAAACAAAAAUGGGAAAACAGAAAAGGAAAGGAAGGCACAGCCUUCCUUCCACAGUUCAAUUAUUUGUUUAUCUAUUAAUAUAUAUAUAUUUCUUUUCUUUUUUUUUCUUGUUUGUUUCUUUGUGGAAAGGAAAGAAAGAAGGACAGAAAGAAAGAAGGUAUCUCAGGGACUCGAGAGCUCGAAAGUAUAGCACCCACUUGGCUACUCACACACACACUCACUCACAACAAAGACACAGCAACUGCUGGUCUGUGUUCCUCCCUCUUUUAAAAGCAGGCCACAGGUGUGCCUGAUUAGGUCUGAUUGGUACCAGAGGCUGCCCGUUGCCCCCCUCUGCUGGCCGGAGGAUGCUUAGCCCUGGAGCCAGCCCUUACAGAUAUUACAAUUUCUUUUUAAAACUAUGAGAAGUUUAAGGGGUUACUUUGUGGUUAGUGGGCUUCUAUUGCCAGAACUUAGUUUAAAUCCUGAUGACGCCGUUUCCCAAUAGAGCCUAAUUAUAUAAAUACAAUUAUAUAAAAAUAUGAAGAUCACAGAAAAGCUUAGAAUUUGAAAUGCCUGAGAAUUUUAAAUGUUCAGCUGCCAAGUGUACAGUGGUGUUUGAAAAUGUGUUAUUUUAAGUCCUAAAAGUAGAUAAAGAUAAUCCAGCUAAACAAAUGAGACAUAAUAUUAUAGUUGCUCAUUUAUUUAUUGAGGAAAAUGAGUAGCAAAAGUGUGUGAACCUUUGCUUUCAGUAUCUGUUGUGAACUGCACACCAACUUGGAGGACUUGAAGCCCAUUUGUCUGUACAGAACAGCUUCAACUCUGGGAUGUUGGUGGGUUUCCUCACAUUAACUGCUCGCUUUAGGACGUUCCACAACAUUUGAAUAGGAUUAAGGUCAGGACUUUGACUUGGCCCCAUUCCAAAACAUUCACUUCAUUCUUAUUCUUAUUCUUCUUAAAUCAUUGUCUGGUAGAGCGACUUGAUCUUUAGCAAAUUGCAGAUGAGAGACAAUGUUCUUAGUGUUGGUGAUGAUGGACUGAUGGUGGACUUGUGGAUAUUAACAUUAGCCAGUGUGAAAGAGGCCUUCAGUUGCUUUGAAGUUACCCUGGGGUCCGACUAUUACACGCCUGGAGAGAGAUAAAGAUUCUAGCCUCAUUUACAAAACACAGGAGGUAAAAACAACCGUGUGAAAUGGCUUUGAAGAAUCAGCUACACAUGAUUGUCUUACAAGCUUUUGUUAUCUAUUUUAGCUUUAGCUGAGCUUAAAUAUAGCUAUAGCUUCCUGCUAUUAAAGUGAAUACACAUCACUGUGAACCUGGGGCUAUUUUUAUGGGUUUUAAUAUGAUUCUGCUGUUAAUUUCUCUAUUUUUAUCAUUUGUGAUCUGCAAUCUUGUUUUCUUUACCUGUAGCAGAAUUGCAGU